GCGCUGGAGUCUCUGUCGAGUGCCGCGCGCCGCGGCUAACCUCAAAUCUCGCGCUCCUCCCUCCGGGUGUCUCCUGCCGCCCUCGCGCGCAGCGAUGGAUCGCCGGAUCUUCGUUGGAAACGUAAUUUCGACGGUUUCGUGACGGUUCCAAUGGUCACCCCGAUCAUCUAGUUUCCUCGUCGAAAACUGACGCGUGGAUAAUCUAAGCUAACCUCAUUUUUUCGCCUGUCAUUCCGCCGCUUUCACGCUUCUUUCUCGUUUCGCGGAGAUAAAUUCGAGAGACAAUCUGGAUCGACAGAAUCAGAUUUUGUGAUUGAUACAAUUGGAGGAUGUGGAGCGAUUAGACCUUUUCACGAAUUCAGCUAGACACACAAUGUUAAAAGGAGACGCAACGAUAAUCAAUCUCAAAUUGAAAUUAAAGAAGCAAUAUUACAAUUUUUCUUCUUCCCUCUUUUGACACCAGGAUUACGUUUUAUUUUAAAUAUACAAAAUGCAACUCGCAUAACUGAAAUGAGCACACUUUGUCAUCUGCUCGCGAUGACAUCACCGAAUUAGCUGAGACACUUUGGUAAUGUUAAUUGCCUGUCACUGCCUAAAAGCUUAUGCGAUUGCGACGUGAAAGAUUCACACGAUGACGAAAAUGGACGAAAUGGUGAUACGGAUACUAUACGGAAGCGAAACCGGAACCGCUCAAGACGUUGCCGAGCAGAUCUGGAAGAGCGCCAAAAGAAAAGAAUUGCAAAGCACAGUAUCGUCUCUGGAUGAUUAUGACAUUCAAAAUCUCUCUUUCGAACAACUGAUUAUCUUUGUUGUCGCAACGACUGGACAAGGAGAUCCUCCGGCCAAUAUGAAGCAAUUCUGGAGACAUCUGUUACGCAAGAAUCUCCCAGCAACGAUGCUCCAAAAUUUGAAAUAUGGCGUACUUGGAUUGGGCGACAGUUCGUAUUCAAAAUUCAACUUUGCCGCAAAGAAAUUAAAUAAACGUCUCGCGCAAUUAGGUGGCGAAGAAUUAUUACCCAUUGGACUUGCCGACGAUCAGCAUAAUCUAGGAAUUGACGCUGUGGUUGAUCCCUGGAUCAAAAAAUUGUGGGAAGAAAUUGCAGACGUUUUCAAAAUUUCUACAGAUGACAAGAUGAGUGAAAAAAAUUUAAUAAUCGAGAGGUAUAAUGUUUCAAUCGUAGAAAUGAGUCAGUCAAAUCCGAUACAUAUUGACGAACGGUUAGAUAAUCUGUAUCAUUCAAAUACAGACAUCUAUGCGCAAGAAACAUUCAUAAAUAGCGACGUCAGGAUAGGAACGAUAGUUGAAAACAUAAAAACUACCUCCGAAGAUCACUUUCAAGAUGUUAGAUUAAUAAAAAUCCAAGCAGAUAAUAUUAAAUACGGUCCCGGGGACGUUGUCUACAUUAGGCCGAAAAAUACGGCAGAGCAGGUGAAACGGUUCUUCGAUAUACUGCACGAACACAAUAUAAAACUGUUCCCAGACACGAUAAUUCAAAUAACGGAAAAGGAGAUAAAGGUUCCAUUUGUACUAAAACGUAAUUUAACUUUGGGAGAGAUUGUCGAGCAGUACUGGGACCUGAAUUUCAAGCCACGAAGAUCCACCAUGCACACUUUAUCUUUUAUCAGCAAAAAUGAAUUGGAGAAGGAUAAACUGUGCGAAUUUGCCAGUCCGGUUGGCCAAGAAGAGCUUUAUGAUUAUGUAAACAGGCCGAGAAGAAACAUCUUGGAGGUUCUCACGGAUUUCCCUCGCACGACCACUAAAUUAAACAUUAAGUUAUUAUUUGAAAUCAUGUCGCCGAUAAAGCCACGUCCUUACAGCAUCGCCUCCAGUUUAGAAGACACUCCAAAUAGAAUACAAGUUCUGGUGGCGGUGGUUAAAUUUAAGACUAGAUUGAUGGAGCCAAGAUUUGGAUUGUGUUCAAAGUGGCUGGCAGGUUUAAAAAGUAAUGACAAAGUGAUAUUUUGGCUGCAGAAGGGAACUUUUCGCUUUGAUAACGACAAGCCGUUGAUUUUGAUCGGUCCUGGAACUGGAGUGGCUCCGUUUAGAUCCUUGCUUUUGGAGAGAGCAAAAAAAGGAAAAGAUUUGAAAGAAUGCAUUCUGUUUUUUGGAUGCAGAAAUGAGAACAAGGAUUAUCAUUGCAGGGAAGAUUUCGAACGUUUAUCUAGGACGAAUAAUCUAAAGGUCUUCUGCGCAUUUUCCAGAGAUCAGGAUCACAAAAUAUAUGUGCAACAUCUUAUUCGCCAACAAAGAGAGCUAUGCUGGCAAUUUUUAGAAAAUAAUGGUAGCAUCUACUUAGCGGGAAAUUCUAAAAAUAUGCCGGAUAAUGUGCGUGAAGAAUUCGUUAGUUUAGCAAAAGAAAUCGGUAAAAUGACGAAGGAGCAGGCAGAAACGUUCAUCAACCAUUUGGAGAAGAACAAUCAAUAUCAAACGGAAACUUGGGGUUGACAAAAAACAGAUUAUCGAGAUUUAAGGAAAAUAUUUAAUAGGCAAAAAUGUCAUGUCUUUUUGUACGAAAAAAAUGUAUGUACAUAUUUAACGAUGUAUAUGUGAUAAAAAUUAAUAUAUUGUCUAUAUUUCCAUUACAGAAACACAUUGGAGAUUAA